AUGAAGUUCUUCAGCAUCCUCUCCCUCGCUGUUACCCUCGCCGCCGCGGCCCCAGUCGAAGUCGUCGACACCGGCGUCGCUGACCUCCAAGUCCGCCAGACGGGAGCGACCAGCAACGAGCUCGAGUCCGGUAGCAGCUCCGCCUGCCCCAAGGUCAUCUUCAUCUUUGCCCGCGCCUCCACCGAGCCCGGUAACAUGGGGAUCAGCGCUGGCCCCAUCGUCGGCGAUGCCCUCAAGAGCCGCUACGGCUCGAGCCAAGUCUGGGUUCAGGGCGUUGGCGGACCGUACAGCGCCGACCUGGCUUCCAACUUCCUUCCCGAGGGAACCAGCACCGUCGCCAUCAACGAGGCCAAGAGGCUCUUCACCUUGGCCAACACCAAGUGCCCCAACUCUGCCGUCGUCGCCGGCGGAUACAGCCAGGGAACCGCCGUCAUGGCCUCGUCCAUCUCGACUCUGAGCUCGACGAUCCAGAACCAGAUCAAGGGCGUCGUCUUGUUCGGCUACACCAAGAACCUCCAGAACCUCGGCCGCAUCCCCAACUUCCCCUCGUCCAAGCUGUCUGUCUACUGCGAUGUUGCGGACGCCGUCUGCUACGGCACGCUCUUCAUCCUGCCCGCGCACUUCCUUUACCAGACUGAUGCGGCCAUUGCCGCCCCUAUCUUCUUGGCUGGUCGCAUCGGUUAA